AUGGCUUCUUCCAACCCUUCCAACUUCGCCAACCUGCCCAAGGACAAGCUCAGUGAGAUUGCCGCCAAGGGUGGCCAUGCCUCGCACGGCUCUGGCAACAGCGAAUCCACAUCCACCGGCAACAGCGGCAAUGCUGACCGUAACCCUGACGGUACCUUUACCAAGGGCUCAGACCUCGCAAAGGAGCUAGGCGCUCAAGGUGGUCAUGCUUCCCACGGUGCUACAGACUCCACGUCCAACAGCAGCGAGCCAGGCCGUAACCCAGAUGGCACCUUCACCAAGGGGUCAGAGGUCGCCAGCAAGCUUGGUGCUGAGGGCGGCCACGCAUCCCACGGUUCUUCCAACGACUCUAGUGCUCAGACUUCCAGCAACGAGAGCGGCCGCAACCCUGACGGCACUUUCAAAAAAGGCAGUGAACUCGCUUCCGAGCUAGGCACACAGGGCGGACAUGCCUCCCACUAG